AUGGCAGUCACUGAGGUCGGCUGUAUGGGCGUCGAACCUUCACUUGAUGUCACGAACGACAAUACAUCAGAAGGUCAGAUUCUGACCAAGCUAUACAACUAUAUUAUUACCGCACCUGGAGGCCCACUUGGGGUGUAUUGGGGCCUCGAGGCUGAGAAUCCGACUUACCUUUGGGCAUUUUUUGACUGGGACUCGAUUGAGGAUCACGAGAACUUUGCCAGAACUCUUGGCCAGGAAGCCGUAAAGCAUAUGUCGAAAAUCCUCAAUCGCGGCUUUUUCACAAAACACGUUGAGGCCACACCAUCUUUAUCCGUUGCUUUGCAGUCUCCUGUAACGGAGAUUAUCUUGGCCUAUUUUGACCCGAGUAUUUCACCAACUAAGAGAGAUUCAGCUAUUGGAUAUCUCAAAAGUCUCGAAGACGAAGACCUCAAGAGCCUCUCAGGUAUCCAGGCAUUGAGCUUCGGGUGGGGGGUGGAGAACGACUUUCCGUUAAGAGGUGGAUCGGACGAUCAGAAAGCAUCUAUUCUCACAUCCUUCAUUGGACUUGAUGGUACUGGUGCACAAAGGAAGUUGAGAGACUCGUUUGUAUUUGAGAAGCUUUUACGCUUGUUGCGGAGCGUGGAGGGGAUCAUCAAGGUGGAAACUUUCUCUCUCAGUUUACGAACCUUGGUCAGGAAUACGGAGACAAGAGAGUUUUAA